AUGUGUUUAUUAAGAAUAGAUAUUGGUGCUUAUAUAAAAACUGAUUUAAUUUUAAACUCCGGUGAACAUAAUGGCUCAAUUCCAUAUAUUCCAUCCGAGAUGUUAAGAGGAAAUGAAUUUACAAGGGAGGGUGAUAUUGAUGGAAUUAUACAUGAAAUAGUUACUGCCCAACGACCAUUUGCUGACCAAGCACAUUUGAUAAUAGAUAUAUGUAAUGGUAUAAGACAAAAGAUCCCUGAUUUUAUGUUAAAUUGGAUUCCAGAAUGGUAUUUAAAGUUGAUGUAUCGAUGGUGA